UUGUUUUAGUUUAAUAGUGCCAGUCAGUGUAUAGUGGCGACUAAAUAAACAACAUACAGUAUUCCGUUUGUCAAGUUCGAAAUUUGUUUAAAAUUAUUUACUCUGUUUUAUUCCGUGUAUUCGAGCCAAGCUUCUGCACAACCACACACUAUAUACAUCAAGCGUGGAGACGAUUUGGUAAACAGUAGACAAGCCCAAUAAAGAAAAAAACGCGUCGCGUUUCUCAUUGAAGAAAAAGUGUGGGUCAGUUCAUAAAUGCCUUGUUGCAAAGACAAGCGGGAGUGUGAAAGUACGAUGAUUUGGUUAGUUUAAACAAGACAAGCAACCACUCUUAUAGUAACUUAGACUUCAAAGUAACAUUUAUUUAUUUAGUUAUGUAGUUGUGACACUUUGCCUAAUUAAAAUUUUGUUAUUUCUGUAAAAUAUUACUUAUGUUUAUCAACAGGUCGUUUGUUAGAUUUGAAUAGGUUAUUGUUGAUCUUGUUUGAUGUCCAUGGAAGAAUCUGGUUCUUUUGCGUUUGGGAACAACGCUGCAGUUGCGAUGAGCGCUUUUCAGGCGGCGGCAUCUGCAGGAAUGAUGGAACAUAAGACAAACAACGGAAUGCCCUUCUACCACUACCCUGCAUUUCAACACAACAACCAGAAUCAAGGUCUUCGAAAUCAACACACCAACUUGCAAAAUGGAACCCCCUUUGGUAUAAACGACAUUUUAAACCGGCCAAUCGCUGCAAGCUUAACUGCGCAAGAUUCUACUCACCACUUGAGCAGUAUCGCUGGAAAUGCCCAAUCAAACCCCCGGUUUACGUCAAGUAUCGGUCACGGCUCUAUGAUGGCCGCCAUGUACUUGGGAGGAUCUGGAAUUGCAAAUGCUGUUUCCACUUCGAGCGGAUCAAGAUAUCCGAAACCACUCGCCGACCUUCCCGGUCGCCCACCAAUAUAUUGGCCUGGUAUGAUGACUGAUGAUUGGAGAGAAAAGUUAGCGAUGCCAGGUUCACCUUCGACCAUCGUGAUGGAAAAGUACGGACGAAAGAAACAUACACGACCUACUUUCUCAGGGCAGCAGAUCUUUGCGUUGGAAAAAACCUUUGAACAAAGCAAGUACCUGGCUGGACCUGAACGAGCUCGGUUGGCAUAUUCACUUGCAAUGACGGAGUCGCAAGUUAAGGUUUGGUUCCAAAACAGGCGAACAAAAUGGCGGAAGCGUCACGCUGCUGAGAUGGCAACCGCUAAGAAACGACAAGAUGGUGAAAUAUCUCUAAAGGUAAAGGAGCGUGAACGCGGUGAAAGUGAAGGACAAAGAGAAUCUGUGAGUGGCGAAAAUUCUACACAACGACCUUUUAACGAUACGGAUGGUAUGACGGCAUCGGGUCAAAUCUUUGAGAAUGCGGCAGACAGCUUUUCCGAAUCCAGCGCUGGGUCGCGUGAAAAUUCAAGAAGAUGUAGCGAGCAUGAAGGAAGUGAUAGCGCUGAUGACGACAAUAAGUCAAUGUUUUCACACCAAAAUCAUGCUGCAGAUGUUGAUGCACAAGAAACAGAAAAGGAGAGACAAUUUAAAGCUUUGUUGUAUGGGGGAUAUAAAGUGCGCAGUGAUAUGUAUAGUGGAACAUCCAGCUCACCAACACAGAACUACAUCACACAAUUCUCCAUGUGUCCAAGUGAUAUGGUGCAACAUGGUGGUUUGCAAGGGUUGAGUAUUUUGCCCAUGAACAAAGGGGCAGCAGCUGCGAUAUGUGGUGUGGCAUCGGGAUCAGAUAAUUUUUCAUCAUAUGUUAAUUCACCAGCCACCCCACCACAUGACCCCAGUAAGCCGAUGACAUCAGCAUCUACUUUAAGUGAAGCUAACAUUGCAAAAUAUUGACAUCUGCUUUGUACAAGUUAUUAUUGAAAAUUUCGCAAUUUAACAGUCUCUUCAGGGUGCGUCAUUUUACCCACGUGUCCUCUAUAACUGCCAUCACCCACCGCAAGUACAAUAGUUCAUAUGUCCAGUUGAUUAUACCUUACCAGUAUUGUUAUAGCUUUAUAGAGUUUAAAAGCGACACUUGGUGUCAUGUUUAUAUAUGUUACAUUAAAACCGAGCAAGUGGCAUUUGAA